UGAUUUCUUUCUUGUAGCCAAAGUACUGCUUUCUGGGUAUUUUCUUUCCUGUAUUUCUCUUUUUUUGAGGUGACCAGCUACAGGUGGGACACCUUAGCAUUUCUUUUGAAGUGAGGAGAAGAAAGGAAGAGAGGAAGAGAAGGAAGCUGCCUUUCCUCUAAAGCCACCACAAAUCUCCAGGCAUCAUGUCGACCCCGGUCUCCCCUUCCCCAUCCCUCUCCCCGUUGGCGCUGGCCUCCCCUACAUCGGCGACCCCCCCGCUGCCCUCGCCCCUCUCCCCUCCACCAAGAGUGCCUGUGUUCCAGAGGAAGGGAGCGCUCAAACACAAGAGGAUUGUGGAGGUGAAAGACCACCAGUUCACGGCCCGCUUCUUCAAACAGCCCACCUUCUGCAGCCACUGCACCGACUUCAUCUGGGGCAUCGGCAAACAGGGAUUCCAAUGUCAAGUUUGCAGUUUUGUGGUCCACAAAAGAUGUCACGAAUUAGUGACCUUCACUUGCCCCGGCUCUGUGGCGGGCCCACAACCAGAUGAUCUGGCAAGUCAACACACAUUUAAGGUCCAGACUUACUCCAGUCCCACCUUCUGCGACCACUGUGGCUCGCUGCUGUACGGCCUGAUACACCAGGGCAUGAAAUGUAGCAGUUGUGACAUGAACGUCCAUCGGCGGUGUGAGACCAGUGUUCCCAGUCUCUGUGGUGAAGACCACACAGAGCAGAGGGGGAGGAUCCACCUGACUGUGAGAGGAGAGAAGGAGGAUGUCUUCGUCACAGUGCGGGAGGCUCGUAACCUGAUGCCCAUGGAUCCAAACGGCCUGUCAGACCCGUAUGUUAAACUGAAAUUGAUUCCAGACCCGAAGAGCCACAGCAAACAGAAGACAAAGACCAUCCGCUCAACACUCAAUCCCAUCUGGAAUGAGAGUUUCACCUUCUCAGUGCGCGGUACCCAGUGGGACAGGCGUCUGUCUGUGGAGGUAUGGGACUGGGACCGCACGUCUAGGAACGAUUUCAUGGGAGCGCUGUCAUUCGGAGUGAGUGAGAUCUUCAGGCGUCCCAUCAGCGGCUGGUUCAAACUGCUGGCCGAAGAUGAAGGAGAGUACUAUAACAUCCCAGUGCCAGACCCAGACCUCCAGGUAGGAGGCUUACCCCGGGACGGACAAAAAAGCGUAACAAAUCCCUUGGUCUCCCAUAUUGACCAAGAUAUAUUUAUUACUGUAUUCAACAGCCGUUUAUUCCAAGUGGGCAUCGUGGACUUCAACUUCCUCAUGGUGCUGGGAAAAGGCAGCUUUGGCAAGGUGCUGCUGGCAGAGGAGCGAGGCAGCGAGCGUCUGUUCGCCGUGAAAGUGUUGAAGAAAGACGUUCUCUUCCAGGACGAAGACACGGAGAGCGCCAUGGUGGAGAGGAGGGUUCUGGCGCUUUCCACCCGCCCUCACUUCCUCACAUCGCUGUACUGCGCCUUCCAGACUGAGGACCGUCUGUAUUAUGUGAUGGAAUACGUCGACGGAGGAGAUCUGAUGUUUCACAUUCAGAUAGUCGGGAAGUUCAAAGAGCCUCACGCAGCGUUUUAUGCGGGCGAGAUAGCGGUCGGCCUGUUCUUCCUCCACAGCAAAGGCAUCAUCUACAGGGACCUCAAGCUGGAUAAUGUGCUGCUUGACAGCGAGGGCCACAUCAAGAUAGCUGACUUCGGGAUGGGCAGGGAGGGCAUGUUCCAGGGCGACACCACGCAGACGUUCUGCGGCACCCCAGACUACAUCGCCCCUGAGAUUGUGGCAUAUCAGCCCUAUGACAAAGCAGUGGACUGGUGGUCUUUUGGAGUACUGCUGUAUGAAAUGCUGGCAGGACAGCCACCCUUUGAUGGAAUAGAUGAGGAGGAGCUGUUUCAGUCCAUCAUGGAACAAAGCGUCAUAUACCCGAAAAGUCUCACUCGUGAAGCUGUCGCUAUCUGCAAGGGACUCCUGACCAAGCACCCGUCCAAGCGUCUGGGCGGAGGACUGGACGCAGAGAGAGAAAUCAGGGAGCAUCCGUUCUUCCGCUGGCUCGACUGGGACCGUCUGGAGAGACUGGAGAUCACACCGCCAGUUCCACCAAGAUACUGUGGGAAGAAAGGAGAAAACUUUGACCAGUUCUUCACAGCAGCUCCGUCAGUGCUCACUCCCUCUGACCCCGAUGUAUUAGCAGCCAUCAACCAGGAGGACUUCCAGGACUUCACCUUCCAAAACCCAGACUUUGCCCCCUCGCCUCUCACUGCUGUUUGAAAACGGACCCCACCAACCUUUUUAAGCCUCUUAAUAGUAGUUUUAUAACAAAGAAUUUAAACAUGAGAUCUACAGUAGCAGCAGCUUUCAAAGACACCUCUCAUAUCCAAAUUCUGACGUUUACAUGAAAAUGCCAAGACACCUUUAAAGUCAUGCACUCUAUUUGAUGUUUGUAUUCAAUCUUGAUAGUCACAGAAACUGUUGCAACCAAAUAAGCCAGUAUUUUCCUGUAGAUUCCCUUCUUAGAGUUUUUUGUAAGACAUAUCCCUUGAUAUAGGAGUACUGUAGAAAUGAGUCUCUUUUGCAUGCAUGUUUUUAGAAUAAAAGGCUUUGACACACUAGUUUUCUAUAGUUCUAGAGUACUAUACUGUGUGACUUUCCAAUCAAUGUAUUUAAAACGGUUACCAUAUCUUUAAUUAGACAUUUUUGGGAGCUGUAUUUACAAAACAAUUACAAGUCAGGUUUAAGUAAAGCAGCUAUACAGGCCACAUAGCAGGCAAUACAGUCACUUUUUAAUAUUUUUGCAUUUCAUACACAUCUGUCUCACUGUGUGUGUCUGAGUGUUGACUAUGAUGCAAACUGAGUGAGUAGCCUUUUUAUUUUUGUUAGACUGGCAUCCUGUGGAAGAGCUCGGUCAGGUUCUUCUGGCCUGGACCGACCUCCCAGUUGAACGUCCCACCGGUGACCACAGAUGACCCACUGUAUGCUGAAACAACACAUUGGGCACAAUGUGACUGUUAACGCAGACCAACACCCCCAGCUCAUGCCUGCUAUGCCUGACUCUAUUAUCACUGAGAUGGCGUCCUUACAUCACUGCCACAGUUUAGGCUGCAUCCUUUUUUGUUCACAGGGUUUUAUUUCUCUAUUCUUCUUGAGCGAGCCCCUCCACAUUGCAAAAAAGUGCUCCUAAUGACAUCAUGCUACUGAAAUCUGUAUUUGCAGUAUUAGAUAAUUAGCCUCUUAAUGAUGUUUUCGGGUUGGACUUUUUUAUUUUUGUGGUGUAUACCAUAAAGCUUUUUGCUGUGUAAUGACGUAUACUCACAGCAUUGAUUAGGCGUAAUUAAAAGUGAGGCUCUCUGGGACUGUUCAAUACAUGGAAAAAUAAUAGCAUGCACUGUCAUUAAACACUAUCUGAGCAGGGCAGGUGGCUGCAAACAUACAGUUUAAUAAUCCCAUUUCAGUGCUCUUAUCUCACAAACCAGCCGGCUAAUUCCCACAGAAAUCUGUUUUUCUUUUAAGCUUCUUCAUGAUUUUUUAGCAUACUAUGUCAGCAUAACGAUAAUUAUAACCAUUUUUCAUCCAGGGGAGCAAAAUCAUCCAGAUUAGCAUUAAUUGUGUGCAACCCAUUAAAAGUGGUCAACUGUAAAAGGUCAAAGCUGUUGAACUGAUCGCCUCAGAGUGAGUUGAGAUGCAAUGUCACAACACACAAUACUAACCAAUACUCUCAAUAAAUACAAUACAAUAGAUAUGUAUCUGUUAGUUGAGUUAACUUCUGUUUUUAUCUGCUGAAAAAUGAAAAUUGCAAUAAACUUAAUGAA